CUCUCAGUGGAGCCAGCGUUAGAGGAGAGGCACCAUCCUGCGGGGUCCUUGGCUCUCUCCCUUCGCUCUCGGAGGGGAUACCCUGUCCCCACCAUCCCAUUGCCGUCUCCUGGCUUUCGCACACAGAGGGAGCCUCUGGGAAGGCAGGAGGAGGGGCGCCUGUGGGAACCGAAACUGAAACGCCAGAGAUCAUGGCGGCCUCUGUGGAUCUCCGGCAGCUCCAGGCCAAGCUGGACUUGAAGUGCCCAUGCUGCCUGCUGUACUUCACCGACCCCGUGCGGCUCGCAGGCUGCAGCCACAGCUUCUGCCGGUCCUGCAUCACCACCUACUACUGCAAGGUGAAGAGGAGCGCCGGCUGUCCGCUCUGCCGCGAAGGCUUUGAGCUGAAGGACUUACGGCCCAACCGGGAGCUGGCCGUUCUGGUGAACUUGGUCCCCAGGGAGGAAAAGGAGAAAGAGUGGGAGAGAGAGGAGGAACCGGAACCGGCCAGAGCUGGCGCCUGGGGUGGCCAGCGCUCAGCAGGGCGGAGAGAAGCCGUGAAGGAGGAAGAGAUAAGUGAGAUCUCCAAGCAACUGGAAAUGACUGAAGAGACCAUCCGCCUCUUGAGGGAGGAUCUCAGUAAAACAAAGGAAUAUACAUUUCAGAUCAAAAGCCAGAUUACUAAAGAUUUCUGUUGCAUGAAGGAAUACAUUGAAAGGCAGGAGAGAAGCACACUGAUGUUCAUUGAACAAGAGCAACAAGCAACGCAACAGAAAAUUGAAGAGACUAUUGACCAGCUCUGUGUUGAAGUGAACAAGCUCACAGACAUCAAAGCCCAAAUGGAGAAAGGACUGGGUAACUUACCUGAGAGAGAUAGGUACAAAGGCUCACCUUUAACAACAGAUAAAAUUAUACUUGAGGAGAAGAUUAACGUUGUCACAAGUGCUGUAGACGAUCUUAAGAAACAAUUGGAAAUGUUACUUUUGGAGAAAUACCCUGGGCAGUUCCCACCAGAACAACCUCCAGACUUACAUCAGGAGACAAGGGUUUGCUCAAUAUCUUCAGAGUCUGCAGCUAAAAAUCCAGAGCCAGGGACUUCAAGCCAAUUUUCUCAGUGGGCAGAUGAUGUGACCUUUGAUCUCACAAGAAUAUAUCAGCACUUAGUAAUCACAGCCCAGAACAAGAAAGUCAUGGUUUCCAGCUAUCCCUCAGAUUAUGAACCAUCACCCAAGAGAUUCUGCAUCAGCCAAGUGCUGUGUUCCCAGAGCUUCUCUACUGGCUGCCACUACUGGGAAGUAAUUACCAAGGACAGUGAUGGAUGGGCUGUUGGAGUUGCUCAUGAAAUGAUUGGUAAAAGAGAUAAAUUGGGAAGGUCAGAGCAUUCCUGGUGUGUGGAAUGGGUAGGUUCAAAAAAGCAGCUGUCAGCAUGGCAUAGGGAUCAAGAAACAUUAUUAAACAGGGAGAAACCAUUGAAGGUUGGAGUUUUCCUCGAGCUACAAAAGAAGACCGUCUCAUUUUACUCCAUCAUGGACAAAGAAAUGCUCUUGCACACUUUUGAAAUCAAUACCUCAGAUCCUCUUUACCCUGCUUUCUGGUUGUAUUGUCUAGAUAAAAAUGGAUCUUUAACUAUAAGUCACACAAAGAGGAGGUAAGGCCAUUUCAGGAAAGUGAGAAUUUUGCCUGACUGCAGGCAGAGCUUCUAUAAAAGCUCUAGUGUUUAUUGUGAGAAUUUACCACGGAGUAUAGCUACCCAGGCUUGCCUAGAAAUCAGCAAUUGAUAUUUGAUCGACUUUGCUUUCUCUUGUGCUGUGCUAUGAUCAAGCCAUACUUCGUUAAAGCAAGUCUAGUGUAUGUUAAGGGUGGUAACCAUCCCUGAGGGAGUGAGGUGGAUUUCUUAAUCAGCAUUAAAUAGUCCCAAGCUUGCACCUAGCAAGGAAGCUCUCCUUCUUAGCAGCCGCAGAGGUGGGGACAGAGCCCACCUGGACCACAUAGACCUCAUUGUCCUCCACCGAUUAAAAAAAUACAGAUGGUGCCAUUUCGUUCUGCGAAGUGUGCUUUCUUUAGAAAAGUCUGUUUGAGUGGCGAAUACUCAGAGGGCAAGAAUGUUAGCGAUCUCCUGUAUGAAAAUCUUUGUCUUUAGGGUAGGUGCUAAACUAGAGGAAGCAGGCCAUGUAUUUGAGGACCUGACGAAGGAUGUUCUGGGAGACUUCCCUGCUGUCUCACAGGCACUAUAUCUUGUUUCAGUCUAGCUCAGGCUGGCUGGCUGGAUGUCAGUCCUCAUGCGGUUGUGAUCAUGGGGAUGUUUUUGGAAGCAGCUAUUUUCAAAUACGUUUGUACCAGCUAAUAAAUCAUGUGUUCAUUCUAUUGCUCUUUUAAAGAGGAAGGGCAGGACUGUGUCAUAGCAGGGAUCGUCUUUUCCUGCCAGAGGGCCUGAGGGACCAAGGGGUUCUGCGUGUUUCCUUCCCGGCGUGCAGGGGAGGUUUCUGUCCUGGUCUGUAGAGUCUCUCUGGCUGUAGGGAGGUCCCUGUUACCCAUGAGGGGUGAAGGGGCAGAGCUGAGAGGCUGCAAAACCUUCUGGCUGAAUUCUGCUGAAUUUGUAAGAAGACCACUGCUUCAUGCAGGCAGACUGAAAAUAAAGAGUUCCUAAGAAGCAAAAGCUUUUUCAGGAAGUUGAUGGCACCCCAGUGCACCUUAAAGGUGGUGUAAGGCACGCUUUCGGGUACAGAAUCAUCCAACAAAAAGGAGAAAUUUCACAUGAACAGGGCACGCAGGAUUCAGCUGGCUCAUUUAGCUGAGCCGAGUCACAUGACCUUUGAAGUCCUUGACAAAGCUGCUGUUUGCGCUCAUUCACUGCU